GUAACAUCCAGCGGAAGUAAGCAAGAAAAAGGCGCCAGUCGCGUUCCCCAAAUGACUGAGUUCACUUCGGGAGGUUAAUCUAUGAGUAAAACCUCGAGCCACAUUUACUGUAGCCUACAUUAGACAACAAUGUGUUCAGUUGAGUCUUUGAGAGAGUUUGUCAACGAGCGACUAACUGCUGCUGCUGAAGAAAUAUUGGGAGUUUUUAAAAGAAGCAUCGUCGAGUACGAGGAAGAGAUCGAUCGUCAGCGCAGACUGUUGGAUAUCGUUUUGAAGCCUGAAAUAAAGUUACACAGGACAGAGCUCCCACAGCAACAUGUGUGUAAGGAGGAGGAGGUUGUCCCUGAGCAGCAGCUCUGUAUUGAGGAGAGGAAGUCCAGUGUGGACCAAGAGGAGCCAGAGCCUCCACAGAUUAAAGAGGAAGAGGAGGAAGUGUGCAGCAGUCAGGAGGGAGAGCAGCUUGUAGUGAAGCAGGAGACUGAUGGCUUCAUGUUGACUCCUGCUGAUGAGGAAAGUGAGCAGAGUGAAGAUCAGACUCUGGACUUCAUUCAUGAUGACACUCAAAGUGCAGCAGAGAAAGAGUCUGUUGUCAUUAUACCAGUUAUAAGCUCUGUGAUACCAACCAGUGAGCACCAGCUGCUCUGUCACAACUCUGAUGUAGCUGAGAGCCAAGAUGAGGAAGAAUACCAGCAUGGAGACUCAGGAUCAACUAGAAACACAGAGCUUCAAGCAGAGAAAAGACAUCAUGAAAGUGAAAUGAACAGUAACAGUCCACACACCUCUGCUGUGAUAAACUUAAAUACAGGUAAAAAGCCUUUAAAAUGUGACGUAUGUGGGAAAGGUUUUGAGCGCAAGUCAAAAUUGCAGAGACACCUGAACAGCCACACAGGUGAGAAGCCGUAUUCUUGCAAAACAUGUGGGAAAAGCUACAGUGACACAUCAGCAUUGAGCACUCAUAUAAGAACCCACACAGGUGAGAAGCCGUUUUCUUGCAAAACAUGCGGGAAAAGAUUCAGUCAGAAGUCAGGAUUGGAAAGGCACAUGACAAUCCACACAGGUGAGAAGCCGUUUUCUUGCAAAACAUGUGGGAAAAGAUUCAGUGACACAUCAGCAUUGAGCGCUCAUAUAAGAACCCACACAGGUGAAAAGCCCUACCUUUGCAAGACCUGCGGGACAAGAUUCAGUCAGAAGUCAGGACUGGAAAGGCACAUGACAAUCCACACAGGUGAGAAACCGUAUACAUGUAAAGUAUGUGGGAGAGCUUUCGGACGUAAUGAUGUCUUGUUAGGCCACAUGAGGACUCAUUCAGGGGAGAAGCCGUAUACUUGUAAAGUAUGUGGGAGAGCUUUCAGACGUAAUGGUGACUUGAAAGUCCACAUGAGAAUCCACACAGGUGAGAGGCCAUGCCUUUGCAAGACCUGCGGGAAAAGAUUCAGGGAUGUGUCCACAUUGACAAAGCACAUGAGAGUCCACACAGGAGAGAAGCUGUAUACAUGCAAAACGCGUGGGAGAGGUUUUACAGGGAAACAUUGCCUGAUUAGCCACAUGAGAAACCACACAGGUGAGAAGCCGUAUACUUGUAAAGUUUGUGGGAGAGCUUUCAGACGUAAUGCUGACUUGUUAGGCCACAUGAGGACUCAUUCAGGGGAGAAGCCGUAUACUUGUAAAGUUUGUGGGAGAGCUUUCGGACGUAGUGAUGUCUUGUUAGUCCACAUGAGGACUCAUUCAGGGGAGAAGCCGUAUACUUGCAAAACAUGUGGGAGACAUUUCAGAUCUAGCAGUAACUUGACAAUCCACAUGAGAACACACACAGGUGUAAAGGUGCAUCACUUGAGCACAGAGGUUCCAGUUGAAGUCACACAUAUACAGGAGAGAGACUGUUUACAUGCAAAACAUGUGGCAGAGCUUUCAGAGGCCUGUUCCAUAAAGCAUGCUAAGAAAAGUGGGGAGUGAAGUCCAAAUCCUGAAUUUUAAUUGAAAUUGCAGGUCUGGAAAAGUUAAACUAGUGAGAUAAAGAACAAAAGGAGGAGACUGCUUUAAAGUCUGAAUGAAUUUUAUACUUGCAAGAGUCAUGGAAAACCUGGAAAAGUCAUGGAAUUAGUCAAAAUCAUUAAAAGUCACAGAACUUGUUUGUGUAUAAUGAAAUUAUUAGAAUCAUCUUCAGUGGAUAACCCUCCAUAUAAUGUAACAUAAUGGCAAAUUCAUCUUCUGAAGCUGGCGUCUUAAUGUAGCUUUAAUAUGCGUCGAUGUGUGACAAUGUUUGUUUACCAUCAGGUGUGUUUUGUCAUGUUCUCCCUCAGUUUGUCUCUCCCUUCCUGUGUGCCAAUUAUGUUUACAUAGAGUUUGAAUCUGAUGUUUGAAAAACGCCGGGCAAGUGGGGAAAGAAAAAGAAAAUUCUUCAUUAUGAGUCCUUGAAAAGUCAUGAAAAAGUUUGAAAAUAUUGUCCAUGAAAAUGUGAGCAGAACGUGUGAUUAAAAGUAUGACUGAUUUUGCAGUGAGCACAGUAAUAAACUGAUCCCAGAAGA